AUGAAUGCAUGUAAUAGUAAUGACGCUCUGCUUAAGAAUGAAAAUUCCGGGGCGAAUGAAAUGUCUACACUUAAAUUAACAAUCGAAACACCAAAAGAUAAAAAGGAUAUCUUAAUUGAUGCAUCGUCAACUGUUAAGCAGUUAAAAGAUAUAGCGAUCAAUGAAUUUUCUACAUCCAUGAAUCAAAUGUGUAUGAUAUAUGCGGCUGAAAAUGAUACGACAAAUAAACAAGCUUCAUCCACAACUUGCACUGAUUCAAUUGAAACAUUUCAAUUAAAUUUUUAUCGUGUACAUGUUCAUUUCUUAUUUCCGGAAAACGAGAAAAAAGCUAUAUACGAACGCUGUUGUGAAGUAAAACGAUUUUUGACAAAUCUUCUUUCAGUUGAUCCUCGUUGUACCCAAGGUACAAUAUGGAUUAUGAUGCGACGUGAAAAGCGCGAUCGACGACAUUUUCAACGUAUGCGAUUUCCGCCAUUCGAUGAUGAAAAACCGCCGUUGGACUAUGCCGACAAUAUUUUCGAUGUUGAACCAUUGGAAGCAAUACAAUUGCAAUUAGAUCCCGACGAAGAUAAAGCCACUUAUGAAUGGUUCUACGAUCAUAAAUCAUUAACAGAUAGGAAUGAUGAAGAUUGGAAUGAAUUUAAUGAUAUCAAUAAAAUCAUCAUUCGCCAACCAAUAAUGUACAGAAUAUCGUAUUGCAUUUCCAUAUUUAUACAAUUCGUAUCAAUUCAAGAUCCUGAUUUACCAGCAUUUUAUUUCGAUCCAUUGAUAAAUCCAAUAGCACAUCGUCAUACUGUCAAAUCAGUCGAUGCACAAAUCGAUGUCUUAACUCAAGAUUACGACAACGAGGAAGAAGAAUUCGUUCUGCCCGAACAAUUCGAACCAUUAUUAACCGGUGUAUCAUUGAAUACAGAUAACACAGCCAAUGGUACUGCAUUAUUAUGGGCACCACGUCCAUUCAACCUUCGUUCGGGCCGUACACGACGUGCACUUGACAUUCCAUUAGUUAAAUCCUGA